AUGAAAGUGUCAGAUUUUAUUCUUGAUGGGGAAUGGGUUAUUCCAACUGAGCUCAUGGAGAUGAUUAAUAUGGAUGACUUACCUGUUGUUAGUAAAGGCAAAGACAAGAGAGUAUGGACUGGUACCAUUAUAGGAAGAUUCACAGUAGCUUCAGCUGUGGAAAUCAUGAGACAAAAAUUUCCUUCUCUUAAUUGGACCAAAAAGGUGUGGCACAAAUCUGUUCACCCUAGCAUAUCUAGUAAUGUUUGGAACCUUGCUAGUAACAUUUGUGCAACUGAUGACAAUAUGAAGAAGAGAAACUUCAAGAUGGUAUCUAGAUGCAUAUUCUGUAGAAAGGAGGAAGAAACAAGGGAUCACAUCCUUUGGUAUUUCAAUUAUGGUGAGAUUAUUUGGAGAUGGCUUGGUGGAAAUUUUAACUUUAAAAACCCAAGAUCAUUUGAUGAUGUUUUUCAUUUAGCAAAAAACAAGAUACCUGCUAUAAAGGAAAUAUGGCUUCUGAGUGCAUUCAUAACUAUGAAGGAGCUUUGGUUUAUGAGGAAUGAGUGUAUUUUUGGGAAUGAGAAAUGUGAUCUUAAUGUCACCGAGAAGAAAAUAAAACAAGUAUUAUUAUAUAAUGAGAUCAGAUUGACUGCAAAUAUGUGGAACAAACAAUAUGAUUUACAGGUACUCAAACGUUUUGGCCUGAAGACAAGGGAAGUGAAGUGUAUGAGCAUAAAAGAAGUGUUUUUCCAGCUACCUGAACAGGGGAAAUUGCUACUUUUCUGUGAUGGAGACUCUAGAGGAAAUCUAGGUAAUGCUGGAUAUGGAGUAGUGGGUAGACUGAGUUCUGGAGAGUUUUUAGUUGCAAUAUCAGGUGGACUAGGUGUUUCUACAAAUUAUUAUGCUGAGAGUUUUGCAGUACUUAUAGCAGGGGAGUGGGCACUUAAUCAUGGUUUCAAUAAACUCGUAUUCAGAACAGAUUCCAAAGAAGCCAUUAGUGUUUUUCAGGGCAAUGCACUUCCAUGGUUUGCUAUUACCAGGUGGGAAAGGAUUUGUGAAGCAGCCAUCUCUUGGGAAUUCAUUCAUAGUUUCAGAGAAGUCAAUUUCUCUGUAGAUACAAUGGCAAAGAGAGGCUCAGUGUUAUGA